AUGCAUUUUCCAGAUGGAUUUCUUUUCGCGAAAUGUGGGAAGCCAACCGCACGUCGUCAGCGGAUCGUCGGUGGCGAGGAUGUCUACGACGGAGAGUUCCCGUGGCUGGUGAGCAUACAGCUCGUGCCUGCUCUAGGGGAGAACAAAUGUGGCGGUACCAUCCUGAACGACCGAUGGAUUCUCACAGCAGCUCACUGUUUUCAUGGCUACAAGAAGAGCAACUUCGUGGUUCGAGUGGCGGACUACAACUUGCGACGCAGAGAAUCUCGCAAAGAACAAGCUUUCACAUCGAAGAUCGAGAGGAUCGUCGUUCAUCCCGAAUAUAGGAAGGACCGAAAGUACGACAACGACAUUGCCCUGAUAAGGUUGUCCAAGGACAUCAAGUUCUCACCCUAUUCUUUGCCAGCCUGCCUUCCCACCUUGCGGUUGGCCUCUACGGCGGGAAAAAAUGUCACGGUCAUCGGAUGGGGCAAACUCGCCGAAGAAGGCAAAGUGCCUGAGACGCCGCGUAAAACGUCGCUCGUAGUUUUCGAGAAUUCUCAGUGUAACAAUUGGUUGUCAUCCCUGCGGAUGAGGCUACUCGAUAACCAUCUUUGCGCAGGUAUCGAGCGCGGUGGCAAAGAUGCGUGUCAGGGCGACUCGGGCGGACCGCUGAUGACGAUCGAAGACGGUAGAUACGUUGUCCUCGGGGUUGUAUCAACCGGCUACGGGUGUGCAAGGCCCAACACGCCGGGAGUAUACGCUCGAGUUUCAUCCUUCGUCCCGUGGAUCAAUGAUGUCAUCAACUAA